CAGGGCGCAUGUGGAGGCAGAGAGCUGCUGAAUGAAACCAAGCAGAGAAACAGGAGAAACUUUUUUUGCUACAUGGAGUAACCACGUUGUUUUUCAUCAGUAAAUUAGGUGUGUAAAGUUGUGAAAGUUGGAUGCCUGACAGGAAAUUUCCAAGCAUGGACUAAGCGGCAGGAAUAUCGAGGAGGAACGCUUUCUUGCCCGCUAAUUUGUCUGCACAAGCACCGGCUGCGGAAAAAUUGGAUACUUUACUAAAACUUCGCUGUAAGGAGGAGUAAACCAGAGCUGAGUGACCGAAGAGUUGUACACAGAGCAAGGUUGUAUCCAGAGCUAUGUGUUUUUAAACCCAAGGUGCUGGGAGGUCAAGAGGUGAGAUGCCUCUAUAAAACACCACUGGAAACAAAUGCUCUGCCGCCAUGCCUCUGGGGAUGGUGCGUCUUUCAUUGUCAGCAGUCAAAACGCUGCUUUCUCUCCUGCUGAUGGCCACUGGCUGUCCCUUAGUUUUAUUUCCUAUUGGCACUGUCCAAGGAUCAGACUCAUUCCCAUCCAAUUUUUAUCCUACGUUUAUCCGAAAUGACACUCUGUUUGAGCACCUGGCCCUGCAUCCUGACCCCGACGUGGGUCGGGUCUACGUCGGGGCCCGAAAUCGCCUGUUCCAGUUGGAUCGCUUCCUCCAACCUGAGCUACAGGAUGACACAGGCCCCGUUACAGACAGCCGGGAUUGCUUACCUCCUGUAACUGAGACCAACUGUCCUCAGUCCCGAGAAACUAGCAACCACAACAAGCUCUUGUUGGUCAACCCUUACUCUAUGGAACUUAUAACCUGUGGGAGUGUCAACCAAGGAAUUUGCCAGAAGCGUAGCCUGGAUUCUGUGGAUAAAGUGCUUUUCUCCACAGAGAGGCCGGUGGAUACUCAGUACGUAGCGGCUAAUCACCCUAAUGUUAGUACUGUUGGGCUUGUGGUUCGCUCUCAUCCUGACAAGCAGCCUGUUUUGUUUGUGGGUCGGGGUUACACCAGCAGCCAUCCGCCUAUUUCCACGCGAAACCUUGCCCAGGAUCCCAUCUUUUCCUACGAGGAGACUGCCAAGUUGGCCGUGGCUGGCCGCCUCUCAGAGUACGAUCAUAAUUUUGUUGCCUCAUUCGCCCACCGUCAGCACGUGUACUUCCUUUUCUACAGAAGGGACCUAAAGUCGCCAUCGCGCGAGUACCGUACCUACAUCUCUCGCGUGUGUUUGGAUGAUCAGGCCUAUUACUCCUAUGUGGAAGUACCGCUGACAUGUCGUUCAAGGACGGGUAAAAUUUACAAUCUCUUGCAAGCUGUCCAGCUGGGCGUGUCCAAAGAUGAUGUAGGGGACCGGGAUUCAGAGACUCUAGUUGGUGUUUUCUCCACUCGUUUGGCUUCUUCAACUCGGCCCAGUGAGGAGUCGGCUCUUUGCAUGUUUAACCUUGAAGAUGUAGACCGCAGGAUCAACUCCACCAGAGACUUUUGCUAUACACAGAUGGGUAAAGAAGCAGGAGUGGAGGCAGCCUACAUUGAAUAUGACGUUAAAUCCAACUGUGCCAAUCUGCCAGAGAAUACCCUGGAUGCCUACCCCUGCGGCUCCGACCACACCCCCAGCCCCAUGGCCAGCCGGAUUCCUGUGGAAGUAGAAACCAUAUUAGACAGCCCUUCUGCCCGUCUUACUGCUGUGGCUGUCAGCAGCAGAGUGGGACAUACAAUCGCCUUCCUGGGAGACUCCAAAGGGAACUUGCACAAGGUGUUCUUGGGGCCAAACGGUGAGGUUGAGGAGUACUCUGUGAUCCCCAUACAGCAGAAUGCAGCCAUCAGCUCAGACCUCAUCCUGGAUCAGAAACAGGAACAUCUCUUUAUCAUGACCCAUAACAUGCUGCAGAAGAGGCCAGUGGCUGAGUGUCAGCAGCAUCCAGACUGCCACUCCUGUCUCUUGGCCCACGACCCUUACUGUGGCUGGUGUGUCCUGGAGGGAAGGUGUGUGUUGCAGUCACAGUGUGCUCGUGGGAGCUACCCAGGGCAAUGGUUGUGGAGUUUUGACAUGGAGCAGCAGUGUUUGGUGGUCCAGGACCUCGUCCCCUCCAAUCUCAGCAGGGAGGAGAGCAAGAUAGUGUCUCUGUCCAUCCCAAGACUUCCAGUGUUAGAAAACGGGGAGUCGUACUCUUGCUACUUCCAGGACAGCCACACUCCUGCUACCAUCACAGAGACCGGGGUCACCUGCCGUUCUCCCGACACCAGCAGGGUGCCUUUGGUUUUUCGAGGACAAGAUUUUGUCACAGUCACCUUGUCUCUACGUUUUGGCAACGUCACGGUCACGGCAAGGGAUUUCACCUUCUACGACUGCACAGCUGUUAAGCAGCUGUCUGGCAGCCAGCCAUGCCGCGGUUGUGUUUUAAGCCGAUGGGGCUGUAACUGGUGUGUCCACCAGCAUGCAUGUACCCACAAGCCCACCUGUGAGGAGGGAGUAAUCAUCUACAACCAACACUUUAAACUACCUACCUCCUCUCCUCCUACAACCAAAACUAUAAAAGUCGUCACAGCCACCACUACCACAACAGCUACCCCCACAACUCCUCCUACCACACCAACUACUGCCACGACGACGACAACAACAACAACCGCAGCCCCCAUCACCAUAGCUACCACUAAGGAGUUAACAACGCCUACUCUUUCACACACCAGUACCAGCCAUGAGCCAACCCACCCGGGCACUACCCUGCCCCCUCAGCCUCCCACUCUACCACCCAGCACCUCUCCAGGCCUGGAGGUCACCACCAGAGAAGAAGAAGAGAGUGAAGCCUCUGAGACUGUCACACACAGUGACUUGGAAGAUGCUGUAGCUACACAGAGUGUCACGAUGGCCACGGCAGAGCUGAUGCCCGUCACCGUGGCCGAUGGUCUUAGUGGGGACCUGGACCCUGUCGUGCCUCUGAUGAUCCCAGACUCCUCGCCACCGGAGGUGGUGACGGCCUUACCCCCCAGCGAGCGGCAGGCAGCCAAAGAAGCGCUGACCCUGGCAGAGGCUCCCACCAUGGUGGUGCCUGGCUUUCCCCCGCCCACACUUUUCCAUAUGGGUGAACCGGCUGAUUCUGAGCCUUCCCUUUACUUGGACUUGACCCAGACACCCACACUGGUACCACUGCAAGACUUGCACACUGAGGCAGGAAGCCCAACUGCUGAUUCUGAGGUGCCCCUCUGGCCAAAGGAAGCAGAAAACUACACUGAGGGUGCUGUCCAGGCAGAAAAUGACACGGCUACAUUUUCAGCUGCCACCGUGCUCUCGGGUGAUGGGGAGGUUGACCGCAUGUCCCAGUCCUACCCUCCCCAGUUGCUGAAUACUGACUCAGAGCUGGACUACCAGUAUGAUUCAGCUGAUGGCUUCCUCCCGGGGGACGAGGGCUCGUAUGUCAGCUGGGGUUCCUCAGCUUGUCCGUGUGUUGAGAAGGUCCAGGGUUCAUCACUGCUCCCUGUCAGAGUAGAGAGAAAGAUCACUUUACUGGCCCAUAACCUCCAUCUGUAUCAGGAUGCAGAGCUGGACUACGAGUGUGUGUUGGUUAUUGAAGGGCAGACGGUGGUGGUAGACGCCUACGUGGAGCCAGAUGACAUGAACCCAUCAAGCUUUGACAUCACAUGUCAGCUACACCAGUACACAUACUCUGCUCCAGUGCAGGAGUAUAAUGCAUUGGUGUAUGUGAAGAGGAGGGACACCUUCCAUGUAGACACUUCUCGUGAUCUCUAUGUGACUCUGUACAACUGCUCUGUGGGUCGAUCUGACUGCAGCCGUUGCCACACAGCAGACCCAAAAUACGGCUGUGCGUGGUGUGGUGGUCCCCAGGCCAGCUGCCUGUUUUCAAACUCCUGCAGUGAACCUGUGCAGCAGACGUGCCCUGCUCCCGUCAUACACUCUGUUGAGCCACUCUCUGGCCUGUUGGAAGGAGGCACCAUGUUGACCAUCUCCGGCUCCAACCUGGGUCAGAAGGCUGAAGACAUCCUCCACUCUGUGUUAGUAGCUGGCGUGCCCUGCACAGUGAUUUCCAACCUGUAUGAGGUCUCCUCUAGAAUUGUGUGCAUGACCAAAGCCAGCGGAUUAAAGACGGACUAUGUGUCUGUGAGAGUGAAUGGAGGAGAAUUUGGCCUCUCCAGCCAGAAAUUCAGCUACCAGAGCCCAGUUGUGAAGGGAGUGUCACCUGAAAGGGGCCCCAAGGCGGGGGGAACAUCCCUGAAUAUCACUGGCCAAAACCUUCUAACAGGUCGCCCCGCUGACCUUACCAUCACUGUCGGGGACGUCCCCUGUAACAUUGUAUCAGAGGUGCAGAGUGACAGUGUUCAGUGUGUGACAGGGAGCAGUAAUAAAACAGGAGACCACCAGAUCACCCUGCAUUACGGCAGCAUCCAGCGUCACCUCAGCAGCCCCGCCUACCACUACACCAACAACCCCAACAUCACCCGUGCCGAACCAGCCAAGAGCUUCCUGCAUGGCGGUCGACUGAUCAAGCUGUCUGGAUCCAACAUGGAUGUGGUGCAGGAGCCCCGAAUGGUGGUGACUCUCUCCCGCUUCCAGUCGGUCGGCCAAAACAAGAAGAGAAAACGUCGGAGGAAGAGGAGCAAAGGAGAGCAAUGGAAGAAAACCCUGGGAAGGUCGGUUAGGAUGGUUCCUGACCCCGUCUGUCCCGGAGACCAAUUCUGCUCCGUCAAACAGUUCGUUGAGCGCUGUGAGGUAAACUCCUCCUCCCUCAUCCUGUGCCGCUCUCCAAUGGUGGACUCCACCAUCUGGUGGUCACAGGUCACAGUGGAGUUCUUGCUAGACAAUCUGCGCUUUGACUUCAGCAGUUUGAACUCUGAGCCAUUCAGCUAUGAGCCUAACCCCACCCUGCAACCCCUGAACCAACAGGACCCUCUUAAGGCAUAUCGCUAUAACCCAGGCAGCUUCAUCCAGCUGGAGGGGGAACACCUGGACCUAGCCAUCACUAAAGAGGAGGUGGUGGUGUUGAUUGGAGAAGGUGUAUGUGCUGUGAAAACCCUGACCAGCAACCAUCUGUACUGUGAGCCACCACCACAGCAGCCUGCACCAGGACCAAACGGCAAGAAGCGAGAGGGCUCUGACAAUCUCCCCGAAUUCACUGUCCAAAUGGGCAACCUGAACUUUUAUCUUGGCAAGGUUCAGUAUGACAACCUGAGCCUGUCCACCUUCCCACUAGAGGCUCAGAUUGGAGUUGGAGUUGGAGCCUCCAUAGUGGUCCUCAUUGUGCUCAUAAUUGUGCUUAUUUACAGGAGGAAGAGUAAGCAGGCUCUUAGGGACUAUAAGAAGGUUCAGAUCCAACUGGAGAACCUGGAGACCAGUGUGAGGGACCGCUGCAAGAAAGAGUUCACAGACUUGAUGACGGAGAUGAUGGAUAUGUCCAGUGACCUGGUCGGCUCGGGCAUCCCCUUCCUGGACUACCGUAUGUAUGCCGAGCGCAUUUUCUUCCCCGGCCACCGAGAGUCUCCUCUGAGACGAGACCUGGAUGUUCAGGAGUGUCGGCGGCAGACGGUGGAGCAGGGCCUGGUGCAGCUUUCCAACCUGCUCAACAGCAAGCUGUUCCUCACCAAGUUCAUCCAUACUCUGGAGAGCCAGCGGACCUUCUCCCCCAGAGACCGAGCCUACGUGGCUUCGCUGCUGACGGUGGCGCUUCAUGGCAAGCUGGAGUAUUUCACAGACAUCCUUAAGACACUCUUGAAUGACCUGGUGGAGCAGUACGUGGCCAAGAACCCCAAACUGAUGUUACGAAGAACAGAGACUGUGGUGGAGAAGCUGCUGACCAACUGGAUGUCUAUCUGCCUCUAUGCUUUCCUCAGGGACUCAGCGGGGGAGCCUCUGUACAUGCUGUUCAGGGCCAUAAAGCACCAGGUAGAUAAAGGACCGGUGGAUGCUGUUACUGGCAAAGCAAAGUACACCCUGAACGACAACCGCCUGCUGCGAGAGGACGUAGAGUACAAAACCCUGACACUGAAUGUGUUGGUGCAGGGUGGAGGGGUCAAUGAGACCCAGCCUGUGCCCUCCAAAGUACUGGACUGCGACACCAUUACCCAGGUGAAAGAGAAGCUACUGGAUCAGGUGUACAAAGGCACAUCCUUCUCACACCGGCCGCACGCCGACUCGCUGGACUUGGAGUGGAGGUCGGGCGUUGCCGGUCAUCUCAUCCUGUCAGACGAGGACUUGACAUCUGUGGUUCAGGGUAACUGGAAACGCCUUAACACGCUUCAGCAUUACAAGGUCCCAGAUGGCGCGACGGUGGCACUGGUCCCUCGUCAUACCAAACACAUUCACCAUGACAACCAUGACUACAUAGCAGGAGAGAAGACGCCAAUGCUGGAGGAUGCAGAUGAAGGUGGAGUGAGGCUGUGGCAUCUGGUAAAGGCCAGCGAGGAGCCCGAGUUGCCCAAACACCGCAGAGGCAGCCUGAGGGAGAGAGAGAGGGCCAAGGCUAUCCCUGAGAUCUACCUGACCCGCCUGCUGUCCAUGAAGGGGACGUUGCAGAAGUUUGUGGACGAUCUUUUCACGGUGAUCCUGAGCACGAGCCGUCCUGUCCCGCUCGCCGUCAAGUACUUCUUCGACCUGUUGGAUGAGCAGGCAGCACAACAUGGAAUCUCUGACUCAGAGACCAUCCAUAUUUGGAAGACCAACAGUCUCCCUCUACGUUUCUGGAUCAAUAUUGUGAAGAAUGCCCAGUUUAUCUUCGACAUCCAGGCAUCUGACCACGUGGAUGCUGUGCUCUCUGUGAUCGCCCAGACCUUCAUGGACUCGUGCACGAUUGCAGAGCACAAGCUGGGCCGGGAUUCGCCCAUCAACAAGUUGCUGUAUGCCAGAGAUAUCCCCCGCUACAAACAGAUGGUGGAAAGGUACUAUGCUGACAUCAGGCAGACCAUCUCAGCCAGUGACCAGGAGAUGAACUCUGCUCUAGCUGAACUGUCCAGGGUGAGUGCAGCCACAGCACACACACACACACACACACACACACACACACACACACAGUGUGGCCGUUCACUUCAAUGCCUUGUGUUUCAGAACUAUUCGGGAGAACUGAACUACCUGGUGGCACUGCACGAGCUCUACAAGUACAUCAAUAAAUACUACGACCAGAUCAUCACGGCGCUGGAGGAGGACGCCACGGCCCAGAAGAUGCAACUCGGCUAUAGACUGCAGCAGAUUGCUGCUGCUGUGGAGAAUAAAGUCACUGACUUAUGAUGGAGGAGAAAUGUGUCAGCUGUACUGCAGUAACACCUGCCACUGUUACAGUAAACAGCUCGGGCACGCUGGCAGUUAACUUUAACGGACAGAGGGGAAGAUGGACUCUUGAGGAGGAUGUUUUUUGUUGUUUAAAUUAGAGCUCACAUCCCAGCAGCCUUUGUGUUUUGGUGACUGCUGACAGUGCUUUACAGUGCGGACACUGUGAGCUUCCUGUAGUGCAGGACAUUGAAAAGCUCAGUGGAUACUUUUAUUAAAAAAGUCAGUCUGACCCGCUGUCACUCUGCUCACUUGGUAGCAGUGUGUGUUUUAUCUCUACAGAUAGUCAAAAGGUACAGCAAAGCUGGUGGACAGCCAGGUCUGCAGACUGAAAGUAGGAAUCUUCCAUCACUGUGGAGUCCGUUUUAUGAAGCGGUACCUCUUAUGCCUUGUGUACUUUGCUGCUGUAUGGUUAUUUCUUGGUGUGUGUCUGGUGCUUUAUAUAUAGAUGUGUGAGUGUGCGUGCAUGUGGUUGUCCAUAUUCUCGUGGCUGUUAAACUGCAUCGUGUAUUGCCACGUUUUAUGUUUCUAGUACAAAGUGGUGAAGUAACUGGUUCUUAUAUUUUGGAUCUAAGAAUGAAGAGUAUUUUGAAAAGAGAGACCUGAAUUUUAAGGUUAUGUUUUUCACAUUUUAGAACUUGUAGUCACUGCUCAAAGCAACAUUUUAAAGUCGCUGCCACGCUCUACCUCAGCCUGCCGUCUUUCAUCAACUGCUCUUAUUUUCAUUGGUAGAAGCUGCCUAAUUACUGCUUAGUUUACCUUGGCCUGUUACACAUUUGUCUGUAUUGAUGUAAAUGUUGUGUGAUUUGUAAUACGAUUUUUUAUUUUUUUUUAAACAGAGCAGCAGCACAGCCGAGGAGACGGUGCUGCAGAUUCACACUUAGUUGCUAACUAGUGUGAGAAAUACUUUGCUGGAAGGUUAAAAAAACAAUGACCCAAUUUUUUUCCCCCUUAGCAAUCCAACUAUACCGUACUGUAGGAACAUAAGCUGAUAUAUGGUUAUCAGCCCCAGCAAUCCAACAUUAGUCAACCCAGCAAAAACACUCAUGUAUACCUUUCAGGCAGGUCCAUCUACCAGUACUGCAGCACCGCACACACGCACUGGACUGCUGUAAACACACACACACACAAAUUCUUGUUUGUUAAUUCUUUACCCAUGUGAGAGAUUGGAAGCAGAAAGUGUUUUUUUAAAGGUACUUAAACCUCACAUGACUUACCAUUUUUGUUUCUUGAUUUUAUUCAUAUUUGUGUGGAUGUGUCUCUAGUGUACAAGUCACUGGAAAGUCAAUAGGAAAGCGAAAAGUCCCUCUGUUUAAAAGACAGACCUUCAAAAUGUUAAAGUGCAGUGUCGUGUGAACCACAGUUUUUAUAGGUUUUUUUUAUAUUUUGUACAUUUUAACAUUCCUUUUUAGACUUUGGACAUUGUAUAGAUCACACUCCUGGUAUGUUUUUUUUUUUUGUGUGCAGUUCUCUAACUGGACAGUGUUUCGUGUGUUCCACAUAGACCUUGUAAAAGAUGGAUGAUGGUAGACUGACAACCUGAGGCCUUGAGUUUGUCAUAAGGUUGUUGCCUCUUUGAAGCUGGAAGUGGCUGUUUGUGGAUUUCAAAAAAGGCUGGAUGCCUAGUUACUAGCUGGAAAUAUUUAACUGCUUGAUUAACAAAGCAAACUAAAAAAGAACUGAUACAAAGAAGGUACAAACAUCAUUGCUGGCAUUGGAAACUGUAUCCUGUACACACCGAUACAUGACAACCAAAUAAUAGUUGAUGUUUUUUGAAAGGGAGUCUGUAGACAGAGAUGGUUUGUAGCCAUAUCCUGUAUAUAAAAGAUGUGUCGUCACCUCUGGCUUUGUAAAGCUCAAGUUGAGCAUUUUUUUUUUACUUUCACCAUCUUUUUUUCUUUUUCUUUCUUUCUUUUUUUUUUUUUUUUACCAAGGGGCUGGAUUUGAUUGGUGCACUUAGGAGCACUAUAUGCUCAUCGGCUAAUGAUUCAUGAACUUCAACUUUUUUUAUUCAAUUGGACCUGAAACGAGCCCACGGCAUCACCAGGAAAGUGUUUUCUCAGACUCUUAUACAACUGGAUGUGUUUUUGCACCCAGAGCAGUCAACUCCUGCUGGCCAUUAGAAAAAAUAUAGGUUUAAGAGACAUAUGCCAUUGGCUUCAUUUUGCAGCCCCAGUGGCUACGUCCAUCUUUUAUAUACAGUUUGCAUUUGUAUUGGCAUCAAUGGUUUGCACUUAAAGGCAGUCACCAUGGCCCAGUGACUGCAUCUAUCUUUCUAUAUAGAGUUUAUGGUCCUGCAGUUGUGUGUGGCAUUUGAUCAACGUGAUCAUACUACUCCAGGCUCAGUAGAUGUUGCUUGUAGCUUAGCUGGGCUGGGUAUGGUUGGACAUAUUUUUUGAUGCUGGUUUUUGUGUUGAACUCUCUUUCUCCUUUAAUAUUUACAGCAGCUCUUUAUGUGGGAAUUUGUUUAGUUUCAGGUGAUUGUAGGAUUGGAAAUCAAUGGGGAAACAGAUUUUGACACAACUAUAGAAACGAUAUAACAGAGUUUGAGUAGUCUACAUGCAUAUUUUAUAAAGUGCACUUGAUUUUUGUUUUCUCAGAUCUGAUGUUGUUUAAUGUUUUAAUACACAAAGUACUACAAGUUGUAAAUUAGAGUAUCUACUACUGAAGUAUGCUAGUACCCAGUCCCAAAAAAAGGUGACAGUAGAAAAGACUUUUUCUACCCACCCUCCACUCAAAUGAAGAUUUAUCAGUUUGAGCCCGAAGUGUGUAAUUACCAGGGUCAGUGUGUCAGAAUAUAGGCCAUUUGUUACAACAUUACAUAACACGGGUAAUAAUGACUUUUACAAACACAUGGAGUUUGUUCAUCUUGAGCUGAGAGCUCAGUGAUGAACAAAGAACCAUUGGGGGGAAUCUAGGCUGUAUAAAUUUGGCAAUGUAGAGCAGGCUCUGCAAGGAGCAGGUUUAGGAUGUUUCUUAUUUUGUGUGUUAAUAUCUUUGUACAUACUGAUUAAAGAUGCAGCUGUAGUGAUUUAACCUGUUUAAUAAGAGAAGGUGAACAUUCUCACAAAUGAAAUAAAGUAUUCUGA